AUGUUCAAGUUUGGCUCCAGCCGCUCGUUGGCGACGGCGUUCAACGCCACCAAGCUCGCCCCUGCUGCCCGCUUUCCCGGCGCUGCUCAGCAGAAGCGUUUCCUCAGCAUCCACGAGUACCUCUCGCACGACCUCAUGAGACAGUAUGGAGUCGGUGUCCCCAAGGGUGCUGUAGCCAAGUCCGCCGCCGAGGCCAGGAAGGUCGCUCAGGAGAUCGGCAACGAGGACCUCGUGAUCAAGGCCCAAGUCCUGGCCGGUGGCCGUGGAAAGGGUUCGUUCGACAACGGCCUUAAGGGUGGUGUCCGCGUCAUCUACUCGCCCACCGAGGCCGAGAUGUUCGCCGAGCAGAUGAUUGGCCACAAGCUCAUCACCAAGCAGACGGGUGCUGGCGGCCGUCUGUGCAACAGCGUCUACAUUUGCGAGCGCAAGUUCGCACGCCGCGAGUUCUACCUUGCCAUCCUGAUGGACCGUGCCACCCAGCGCCCCGUCAUCGUCUCCUCGUCGCAGGGCGGCAUGGACAUUGAGACGGUGGCCAAGGAGAACCCCGAUGCCAUCAACACCACCUACAUCGACAUCAACACCGGUGUCACCGACGAGAUGGCUCGCGAAAUCUCCACUAAGCUCGGCUUCUCGGAGCAGUGCAUCGAGGACGCCAAGGACACCAUCCAGCGCCUCUACAAGAUCUUCCUCGAGAAGGACGCUACGCAGAUUGAGAUCAACCCCCUGUCCGAGACGUCUGACCACCAGGUCCUCUGCAUGGACGCCAAGCUCGGCUUCGACGACAACGCCGACUUCCGCCAGAAGGAGAUCUUCUCCCUGCGCGACACGUCCCAGGAGGACGCCGACGAGGUCCGCGCCGCCGAGUCGGGUCUCAACUUCAUCAAGCUCGACGGUGACAUUGGCUGCCUCGUCAACGGUGCCGGCCUGGCCAUGGCCACCAUGGAUAUCAUCAAGCUGAACGGUGGCCAGCCCGCCAACUUCCUCGACGUUGGCGGUGGUGCCACUCCCGCCGCCAUCAAGGAGGCCUUCGAGCUCAUCACCUCGGACCCCAAGGUCUCCGCCAUCUUUGUCAACAUCUUCGGCGGCAUCGUCCGCUGCGACCACAUUGCCAUGGGUCUCAUCCAGACCGCCGAGGCCCUCAACCUCAAGAUCCCCAUCAUUGCUCGUCUCCAGGGCACCAACGUCGACGAGGCCCACAGGCUCAUCAACGAGUCGGGCAUGAAGAUCUUCUCCAUCGAUGACCUCCAGAGCGCCUCUGAGAAGGCUGUCCAGCUGUCCAAGAUGGUCAAGCUCGCUCGUGACAUUGACGUUGGCGUCGAGUUCAGCCUGGGCAUCUAA